GUCACGCGAGAGCGCAGCGCACGGACACACACAAAGAGAGGGGAAAAUACACGGCGCCCGCCCGCCCGCCGCCCCCAGCCAGUCGGCGGGGCCGUCCCGGCCAGGCCCUGCGCGCUCGGCCCCCACUGCGGCCCGCGCGCCCGCCCCCCGCACGUGGCGCCCGAACUCGGCGCGGGCCCGCUCCGCAAAGUAACAACUCUCGUCCCAGUGGAAUAGAAGAUGAACUCAACUGAAUUCGGUGAAGAUGUAGAAGUUGUGAGAAAUGAUGCUGUGAAGGUGGAGGGUGACGAUGCUGCGCCGGACUGCUCCCGGAACUCCAGGGCCUCCGAGAAGCACCCCUUGGGCAGCGUCCUCACUGCCCUCCAGGAGUCCAGCAAGCGGAAGCAUCUGGGCAGCGACGGCCAGCCAGACUCUGUCUCCAGUGUGAAGAGGAGACGGUUGAUACCCGAGGCACUGCUCGCAGGCAUGCGCAACCGUGAGAACAGCUCACCCUGCCAGGGGAACGGAGAGCCAGCCGGCAGGGGCAGGGGCUGCGUGUGGCCUGCUGAAGAAGAGCCUUCCGGUGAGGCCACCACUCCUUCCUACAAGAAGCCUCUGUAUGGCAUCUCCCACAAGAUCAUGGAGAAGAAGAACCCUCCCUCCGCAGACCUGCUCAGCCCCUAUGAGCUCAUUGAAAAGGCCAACUCCAGUAACAGCCCUUCUCCUCUGCGCCUGCUGAAUGAGUCUCAGAAACGGGAAUGUGGUGCUGGGGUGGCCAGUGAUGGGGACCCCAAUAUCUACUUCCUGAUCCAGAAGAUGUUCUACAUGCUCAACACGCUCACAUCUAACAUGUCCCAGCUUCACAGCAAGGUGGACCUGCUCUCCCUCGAGGUGAGCCGCAUCAAGAAGCAGGUGAGCCCUUCAGAGCUGGUGGCUAAGUUCCAGCCUCCCCCUGAAUACCAGCUCACUCCGGCCGAGCUGAAGCAGACCGUGGAGCAGAGCCUGUCCUGCGGCGACCUAGCCUGUCGUCUGCUGGUGCAGCUCUUCCCAGAGCUCUUCAGCGACGUGGACUUCUCCCCCGGCUGCAGUACCUGCGGCUUUGCCGCCAAGCGGAAGCUGGAGUCGCUGCACCUCCAGCUUAUCCGCAACUAUGUGGAGGUCUACUACCCCUCUGUGAAGGACACAGCUGUGUGGCAGGCUGAGUGCUUGCCGCAGCUGAAUGACUUCUUCAGCCGCUUCUGGGCCCAGCGGGAAAUGGAAGACAGCCAGCCAGGCGGCCAGGUCGCCAGCUUCUUUGAAGCCGACCAAGUGGAUGCCGGCCACUUCCUGGACAACAAGGACCAAGAAGAAGCUCUGUCUCUGGACCGCAGCAGCACCAUCGCCUCAGACCAUGUGGUGGACACACAGGACCUCACCGAGUUCCUAGAUGAAGCCUCCUCCCCAGGUGAGUUUGCCGUGUUCCUCCUGCACCGGCUCUUCCCGGAGCUGUUUGACCACCGGAAGCUGGGUGAGCAGUACAGUUGCUAUGGCGACGGCGGCAAGCAGGAGCUGGAUCCCCAGAGGCUGCAGAUCAUCCGCAACUACACGGAGAUCUACUUUCCCGAUAUGCAAGAGGAGGAGGCCUGGCUGCAGCAGUGUGCCCAGCGCAUCAACGACGAGCUGGAGGGCCUGGGGCUGGAGGGGGGCAGCGAGGGGGAGGCCCCACGGGACGACUGCUACGACUCCUCCAGCCUGCCGGAUGACAUCUCAGUGGUCAAGGUAGAGGAUAACUUCGAGGGCGAGCGGCCUGGCCGGCGCUCCAAGAAGAUCUGGCUGGUGCCCAUUGAUUUUGACAAGCUGGAGAUCCCGCAGCCAGACUUUGAGAUGCCAGGCUCAGAAUGCCUGCUGAGCAAGGAGCAGCUGCGGAGCAUCUACGAGAGCAGCCUGUCCAUUGGCAACUUUGCCUCCCGCCUGCUGGUGCACCUCUUCCCGGAGCUCUUCACCCACGAGAACCUGCGCAAGCAGUACAACUGCAGCGGCUCCCUGGGCAAGAAGCAGCUGGACCCCGCCCGCAUCAGGCUGAUCCGCCACUAUGUGCAGCUGCUCUACCCUCGGGCCAAGAACGACCGUGUGUGGACUCUGGAGUUCGUGGGCAAGCUGGACGAGCGCUGUCGGCGCAGGGACACCGAGCAGCGGCGCUCCUACCAGCAGCAGCGCAAGGUCCACGUGCCUGGCCCCGAGUGCCGGGACCUGGCAAGUUAUGCAAUCAACCCCGAGAGGUUCCGAGAGGAGUUUGAGGGGCCCCCGCUGCCUCCUGAAAGGAGCAGCAAAGACUUUUGCAAAAUCCCCUUGGACGAGCUGGUGGUCCCCUCGCCAGACUUUCCGGUGCCUUCCCCCUACCUGCUGUCAGACAAGGAGGUACGUGAGAUCGUGCAGCAGAGCCUGUCGGUGGGCAACUUCGCCGCCCGGCUCCUGGUCAGGCUCUUCCCUGAACUCUUCACUGCCGAGAACCUUCGACUGCAGUAUAACCACUCCGGGGCUUGCAACAAGAAGCAGCUGGACCCCACGCGGCUGAGGCUCAUCCGUCACUACGUGGAAGCUGUCUACCCCGUGGAGAAGAUGGAGGAGGUGUGGCACUAUGAAUGUAUACCCAGCAUCGAUGAGCGGUGUCGCCGCCCCAACAGGAAAAAGUGCGACAUCCUCAAGAAAGCCAAGAAGGUGGAGAAGUGAGAAGGCUGGGCUGCCCAGGGACUUGGGUCACCACAGGCUGAGCAGUGGGUGGGGACCGAGCUUUGCUCCGGAGCUCGUGUACGGUACCCACAGACAGGCACCUUAUGUCAGUGGGGAGUGGUUUCCUACGUUUGCACACUUAACACCUACCCAGCCACAAGAAAGAAGCCUUGAAUUUGGUCUCUUGUAUUCACGACUUUAUUCUGUGUUCCUUGGUGGCACAGCCGGAGUCUGGGAGUAGCCAAGCUGUGAAAUCAAAGAAUUGACAGGGUAGGGUCCCUCCUCAGGGCUGGGGCGCCCUCCCUAACCCUCACAAUUCAAAAUACAAAUUCAGACUAGAUGUGGUAGCCCACACCUCUAGGCAGAGGCCAUUGGACCUCUGAGAGUUCGAGGCCAGUCUAGUCUACAUAAUGAAUUCCAGGCCAGCAAGGGUUACAUAAUGAGACCCUGUCUCAAAAACAGUAAAAUACAAAUUCAGCAGCUUGUUUCUCCCCCAUG